AUGGACGAGAAGGGCGGGAAAAAGAAGAAGGGCAAGAAGAACAAGCCCCCUCCCCCCAUGUCGCAUCUUGACCCCGAAAAGGACACUACCGACCCUACGCCCUACGCUGAGAAGCCAUCCCGUCUCGCCAUGCUCGUCGACCCCAAGUCUCUCGAGGACUUGGAGAAGAUUGGCGGCGUUUCGGGUCUUCUCAAUGGACUGGGCGUGGACCCAAACCUGGGUCUGUGCACGGAUGGGUCGAACGCGGGUGCUCCCCGUAGCUCGUCGGACAUGCCGGGCCAGGGUGCUCAGUGGCGCACUUCACUCGAGGACCGCCGCCGUGUCUACGGUCAGAACGACCUCCCCAACCGUCCGUCCAAGACGCUCCUGCAGCUCAUGUGGAUCGCUUUCAAGGACAAGGUCAUUAUUCUUCUUUCGGUUGUUGCUGUUAUUUCGCUUGCUCUCGGCCUUUACAACGAUCUCGGCGGCGUUCACGAGUUGAUGUACAGCGACAACUGCCCGCAAGGAUGCUACCCACCCAAGGUCGACUGGAUCGAGGGUGUCGCCAUUAUCGUCGCUGUUCUCAUUGUCGUCCUCGUUGGCUCUAUCAACGACUGGCAGAAGGAGCGCCAGUUCAAGCUUCUCAACGACAAGCGUGAAGACCGCUCCAUGAAGGUUAUCCGCAACGGUCAGGAGCAGGUCAUCAACGUUCGUGACGUCGUGGUCGGCGACAUUGCCCUUGUCGAGCCCGGAGAGGUCGUCCCUGUUGACGGUGUCUUCCUGCGCGGCCACGGUGUUCGCUGCGACGAGUCGGGCGCUACCGGUGAAUCGGACGCGAUCAAGAAGUCGACCUACGACGAUUGCAUCGCCGAGAGAGACAACCUCGCUCCCGGUGCUCGUGCCAAGCUCGACUGUUUCGUCAUCUCCGGUGCCAAGGUCCUCGAGGGCGUUGGCGCAUACGUCGUCAUCGCUGUCGGUACCACCUCGUUCAACGGCCGUAUCAUGAUGUCUAUGCGCACCGACAACGAGGAGACGCCUCUCCAGAUCAAGCUCAACAACCUUGCCGAGCUCAUCGCCAUCUGUGGUGGUACCGCUGGUCUCAUCCUCUUCGGUUCGCUCAUGAUCCGCUUCUUUGUCCAGCUUGCUCAGAAGCCCCGCGAUUUCUGGGCAACUGGUAACGAGAACCUCGCGCAGAAGAAGGCCCAGUCGUUUGUUGAGAUUCUCAUUAUCUCGAUCACUUUGGUCGUCGUCGCCGUGCCCGAGGGUCUCCCUCUCGCCGUCACUCUUGCCCUGGCCUUCGCGACCAAGCGCAUGACUUCGCAGAACCUCCUCGUCCGUGUUCUCGGCUCGUGCGAGACCAUGGGCCACGCCACUGUCAUUUGCACGGACAAGACCGGUACCCUCACCCAGAACGUCAUGAGCGUCGUCGCCGGUUCGCUCGGUGUCCACGGCAAGUUCGUUCGCAACAUCAAGGACAACCAGGAGCGUUCCAUUGCCGACGGUGGCGAUGCCGACCGCGCCGACUUUGGCUUCGACAUGGAGGAGAUGAACGGCAUCACCUCGCCUGAGCUGCAGACUCUGUUCAACGAGGCCAUUUGCAUCAACUCGACCGCCUUCGAGGACACGAACCCAGAGGGUGUCAAGGAGUUUGUUGGAUCAAAGACUGAGACGGCUCUGCUCAGAUUCGCACAGGAGCUUGGCUGGGCCGACUACAAGACCACCCGUGAGACCGCCCAGAUCGUUCAGAUGAUUCCCUUCUCGUCCGAGCUCAAGGCUAUGGGUGUUGUCGUCAAGACGCCCGAGGGCAAGUUCCGCCUCUACGUCAAGGGUGCCUCCGAGGUCCUCACCAAGAAGUGUACUUCGUACGUCGAGGUCCGCCCUCAGCCUAUUCCCGGUGUAUCGGUUGUCCCCUUCGACGAGGCCGCCGCUCAAAACAUCUCCAAGACUAUCAUCUUCUACGCCGACCAGACCCUCCGCACCCUCGCUCUUUGCUACCGUGAUUUCGAGCAGUGGCCCCCUCAGGGCGCCGAGGGUGUCGGCGCCGAGGAUGUCCCCUUCGAGCUCACUUCGCGCAACCUCACGCUCAUCGGUGUUGUCGGUAUCGAGGACCCGCUCCGUCCCGGUGUCACCCAGGCCGUCGCCCAGUGCCAGGGUGCUUCGGUCGCUGUCAAGAUGUGCACUGGUGACAACGUCCUGACUGCUCGCUCCAUUGCCCGCCAGUGUGGUAUCUUCACGCCGGGUGGUAUCAUCAUGGAGGGCCCCGUCUUCCGCAAGCUUUCGGACGCCGACCGCCUUGAGAUCGUUCCCCGCCUGCAGAUCCUUGCCCGUUCGUCCCCCGAGGACAAGAAGCUGCUGGUCAAGACGCUCAAGUCUAUGGGCGAGGUUGUCGGUGUCACUGGUGACGGAACCAACGACGGUCCCGCCCUCAAGCUUGCCAACGUUGGUUUCGCUAUGGGUAUCGCCGGUACUGAGGUUGCCAAGGAGGCCUCCGACAUUAUCCUGAUGGACGACUCGUUCGCCAACAUUGUCGUCGCCAUCAUGUGGGGCCGCUGUGUCAACGACGCCGUCCGCAAGUUCCUCCAGUUCCAGAUCUCCGUCAACAUCACCGCUGUCGUCAUCACCUUCGUCUCGGCCGUCUCGUCCGAGGAGAAGCGCUCGGUUCUUACCGCCGUCCAGCUUCUCUGGGUCAACCUUAUCAUGGACACCUUCGCCGCACUUGCCCUCGCCACAGACCCUGCCACACCCGACUCGCUCAAGCGCAAGCCGGACCGCAAGGACGCCCCGCUCAUCUCGGUCGACAUGUGGAAGAUGAUCGUUGUCCAGGCCUGCUACCAGAUCACCGUCUGUCUCGUCCUCUUCUUCGCUGGUGGCAAGAUCCUCAACCUCCCGCUCACUGUCAACGGCGAGCGCAGCCGACACAACGAGGCCGAGCUCCGUUCGCUGGUCUUCAACUGCUUCGUCUUCUGCCAGAUCUUCAACCAGCUCAACUGCCGUGUUCUUGACCGGAAAUACAACGUGUUCAAGGGCUUCUUCCGCAACAUCUACUUCCAGAUCAUCUUCCUCAUCAUGGUCGGUGGCCAGAUCCUCAUCAUCUUUGUCGGUGGCGCCGCCUUCCAGGUCCAGCGUAUCACUGGCCGUGACUGGGCUAUCUCCAUCGUCGUCGGUUUCCUUGCCAUCCCGCUCGGCGCCCUCGUCCGCACCAUCCCCACCCGGCCUAUUGAGCGUGUCCUUGUCAAGUGGAAGCUCUUCCCCGACCCGGACAAGCUCCCUAUUGUCAAGCCCGAUGAGGACGAGGAUGAGGACGACAUCAAGGACGCGUUUAUCUACAACCCCGCGCUUGAGAAGGUCAAGGACAACCUGUCGACAUACGGCCGCUUCCGCGGCGGCCGUCUGAACGGCUCGUCGAUCGUCCAGCGUGCGCGCCGCUCGGCUCUCCGCAAGGCCGACAUCCAGCUCCCCUCGCUCCUCACCAUGGUCCCGACCCUCGUCGGCGGCUCCGUCGGUGCCGGCGGCACCUGGGUCUCCAGGACAGCCGGCCACCCCUCGGCGCUCGCGAACCCCACAGCGCACGAGGCAAGCCAGUCUACCACCGAGCUGUACGCGGGCCGCGUCCAGCUGCACCCGGACACGGACCCCAACGACCCAUUGUACGCCAAGUUCGGGCUCACGCCCCCCGCCCGCGGCGAGAAGGCAUAG